AAUUGGAAGAUGAUGAAACCCAGUAGUUGGUGGGAAUUCAACAAAUGUAAGCAAAUCCCUUUUUAGUGUAAGUUGGACUAAACACGUGGAGAAUGCUGGCUGACCCAAGAACUCGUGUUUGGAAGCAACCACAGAAAUGUUACAAUACCGUGGUGCCCCUGAACGCAUCAGCAAAGGAUCAACCUGAGGAGUCCAACUCGCUGCGGCCGAACACAAACUAGCGGCAAGUUAGCACAACAAUAACACUUUCUCGGUACCACAAGUUGGUUCACACAUGCGUCGUGUGUAUGGACGACUUGUAAGCUUGGGACCGAUCAACGUGCUUCCGCCACAGUUGCGAGUUGUCAGUCGGAUGGAAGUGAGUGAGACAGGUCGACUUUGAAGACAGACAGGUCGCUUUCGCGUCAUUCGGAGAACACUUUUUGUUGCACUUUUCGGUUCCGAUGUCCAACGGAAACUGUGCGGAGGAGCUGGACUUUGGACUCAUCUUCGAGGAGGAGGGGAGACAAAAUGCAGGUCCUCACCUGCCCGUGAGGACGCAGCAGCAGGCUGACAGCCAGCAGCCUCUGGCCCCGCCUCUCCACCAACAUGGCAGCUACCCCUCGCAGGUGUCUGCGUACGGGGCCCAGCGGAACCUCAGAGCCUUUGACUGUCCCAGCAUCCAGAUCACCUCCAUUGCAGCAAACAACAAUGUGGAGUACAGCGAUAGCCAGCACGCAGAGGCAGUGGGCGGGGCAGAGGGCGGCUACCUGGAAGCGUCCUGGUCCAGAGACCAGCUGUUCCUCUCCCUGGACCCGUGUUACCGUGACCCAGCAUUCUGCUCGAGCCCAUGCAGCAGCCUAUCAUCCCGGAGCUGGAUGUCAGACGUUUCCUCCUGUGAGUCGUUCUCACAAGUCAACGACGAUGUGGACAGCGAGCUGCGGGAUGCAGCACUGCUUGCUUUGGGUUCACCGGGCUGCGGGGGUGGAGCCUUUGGCGUAGAGCUGUGGCAGCAGAAGUACCAGAAUCCCGCCGCCUUCAGCCCAGCACUGUCGCCGCACCAGUCACCAAGUCAUUCACCUCGUGCCAGUGUCACCGAGGACAACUGGCUAAGCCGGCGACCCGCCUCCAGGCCCUCAUCCAGACCGACGUCCCCGUGCGGGAAGAGACGCCAUGCCAGCGCUGAACCCUUGGCCCGCUCCCCCUCCCCUCAGCACUCCCCCAGUGUCGCAUCCGGCACCUCCCCACGUGGCAGCGUGACAGAUGACAUCUGGGCGGGAAGCCCAGCCCUCGGACUCUCGCUCAUGUGCGGCUUCCAGGACAUGGAUGUCCCGUCCAAGACGAGGAGAACGUCUGGGACUCAGCUGACCCUCCUGGCGAGUCCGGCAGAUCCAGUUAUGGAGGAGUUAAGAGCCGUGGUGCCCACUGGUGAAGAGUCACGUGAUUGCGACGGCCUGGCGGAGCUUUUCCUACAGGUGCCCUCCCACUUCAGUUGGGCCACACCCAAACCUGGAGCCCCUCCCCUUUUUAGAACUACAUCACCACCACCACUCGAUUCGCCGCUGCCAAGCCACUUUGAGCACAAUGAGUUGAAGCUGGAGGUGCAACCCCGCCCCUACCACAGGGCGCACUAUGAGACGGAGGGCAGCCGCGGUGCCAUCAAAGCGGCAAACGGAGGACACCCCGUGGUCAAGUUAAACGGUCCCUGUGAACGUCCCGCCUCCUUGAUGCUCUUCAUUGGCACGGCGGAUGAGCGCCACCUUCGUCCUCACUCCUUCUAUCAGGUCCACCGUGUGACAGGCAAGACGGUGACCACCACCUGCCAGGAGAAACUGGUGGACAGCACCAAGGUCCUGGAGAUUCCGCUGCUUCCGGGGAAUAUGUCUGCCAGCAUCGACUGCGCUGGAAUACUCAAAUUGCGGAACGCCGACAUCGAGCUGAAGAAAGGCGAGACGGACAUCGGGAGGAAGAACACCAGGGUGCGUGUUGUGUUCAGGGUUGCCAUUCAGCAGUCGGACGGAUGGACGCUGUGGCUGCAGACGGCAUCGGUUCCCGUCGAGUGCUCCCAGCGUUCAGGUCAGGAGCUUCCUCAUGUAGAGAGCUUCAGUCCAAGCAGCUGUGUCCUGGGAGGAGGAGAAGAGCUACUCAUCAUUGGCUCCAACUUGUCGUCUCAGUCCAGAGUGGUCUUCUUGGAGAAAAGUCCUGAUGGACGAAUCCUGUGGGAGACGGACGCCAAAGUCUUGCCUGCCCGAAGCUGCACUUCCAGCAUCACGGUGGACAUCCCGGCGUACAACAGGACUGCCAGCAGUCCCGUCCAAGUCCUCUUCUAUGUUUCUAACGGCAAGAGGAGAAGAAGUCCGAGUCAGAGCUUCACCUACCUGCCGGGACCCUCAAAGCUACUCCCUCUUGCCCCCGCUGGCCGCCAGGUAGUCAAACAGGAGUGCUGGGAGGCGAACGUGGUGCCCCUCAAUGCACCUGGCCCUCGUGACGUAGAGGCUGUCUGUUUCACCCCCUGUGAGGUGGCGGUGCCUUGCAGGCCGUUGACUCAUAGCGGUGCUCGGCUACAUCAUUCUUCUCCUCCUCUCUCGCACGCUGCCGUCAACAUCACCGCCACAAUGCCACCCGUCGUUCCUGGGAGGGAACAGGCCCACAAGGAAACCUGGUUAUUGGGGCCGGGCGGCGGCGGGUUCAGCAUCAAACAGGAACCAGAAGACACACCCCCUGCGGACUCUCUGGGCCUCCAGGAGAUCACGCUGGAUGACGUCAAUGAGAUCAUCGACAGAGAUAUCAGCAGCCUGAGCGGUGCCACUCGCCACGACCCGUUGGACCAGUACCACCAGUGCAACUGGGAGUACAAGUCGAGCGACGCCUCCUUGUCAUUCUGUGAUGGGCCACCAUAGUUUGGCGGUAAAAACUCAAUCUGACCUGCAAGUGCCUCUGGGGGAGAGAGAGACGGGGCUCCUCUUUUGACAAUGGACGGAGCCAAACAAUGUUUUAAAAACUUUUUAUUGGCCAGUUAGAAAUUUAUUUUUGAUACUUUCUUAUGCUUCCUCUGCUGGAUCAUGUGAAUGCUGUGUUGCUGUGAGGCUGAAUUAGACAAGUCCAACAAAAAGUGGCUUUGUGU